AUGUCUCGCAACGUUCGCAAAAAAGUCACUACGCCCAAGCGUCCCAAGCGCCGAGACUCCGACACCACCUCGGCUUCCUCCUUUGAUCUUUCAGACGACGACGGCUACUCUGCCGUCGAAGACAUUACCGACUCGGAAGACGAUGACGAGGACGAUGUCGACGCGGUCGAGGAGGAGAAUAUCCGUACAGAAGCCACCGAUGAGCCUCUGACCUCUCCUCGACCGCCCACCGACGACGGCAACGAAGAAGACGAUGAUGAAGCCUCGGACCAGGACGUCGAAAUUGAAAUCGAGUUGUCUGUCGAUGGCAACCUCGACCUCGAUGACGCCGACGAACAGACCAGCUGGGCCGGCAUCGUCUCAGAUGCCGAUGACAAUCAACUCUCCGACUUUUACAACGACGCCAGCGCCUUUGCCUCGGACACGGCUGUCGAGCGUCAUGUUCACUUUGAUGUCCCCUCCAGCGACUCGGACUCUACCGACACCGAAGAUGACGACCAUGGUGAUCUCUUUCCCGACAUUUUCGUUUCUCAAAAUUCUCUGGACCCCGCUUUUCGCAGAGAAAUUGAAAACGACCCUGACGACGGCUCCUCCGACUCUGGUACCUUUUGGGACUACUCUGCCCAGCAUCACGACAACAACGACAACGACGACUCCGACGCCGAGGAAAUCGUCCGCCAGUUUUCAGACGAUGAGACCCCCACCGCCACUCCCCACAAGCACAUCAAGUCCGAGGACAUGACACCCACCUUUCCUGGCGUGCAGGACCUCGACGGCUAUGAAACGGAUGGUGACACCACGGAAGACGACACGCCAGAGCCCCCUGUACGCAGAAAGACGAGGCGUCCCUCUGUUGCCAUCAGUGAAAUGACCGACUCUGAGUCGGAGCCCGUAAAGAACCAGCGCGGCCAACCUCGCCUCGGCCGCUUCAAGCUGGACCGUUCCGACAAGAAGCCCAUUGCCGUCCUAAAUCCCCUCACUCGCAAAAUGAUGAUCUUCACCCCGCAUCGCCGUCACCAGCUCGACCUGUCACCUGAGCAGUUCAAUUUUCCCUGGCCCAUGGAAGAUCCCAACACUCCUCUUAUGAGCAACUCUGCCAACAUGAUGCUGAGUGCCAUGUUCUCCUCCAACACCUUUGGUGACUUUGUCAACCCGCAGACCAUGGGACCCGCUGAAGCCUUUUUCCCCUUUCCCACCGAGGCUGCUGCCGAGGGAAGUUCCUCUAGCAUAGAAGGGGAUGACGACGAUGCUGAGAAGAACUUGGAUAUCAGUGACUUCAUCACCUGGGACGAAGGCGGCUCCUCGGGCGAGGAAGACGAGAAUGGCAACUGGCAGCCCUCGUCGACUCCCCUCCGCCCCACGACGGCCUCGAGCGAAAUCGAGGUUCUCUCCCACCUCAACUCGGAGACGGUCGGCGCCUUUCGCCGCAACCAGAUUAACCAGCAGUUGAUUCUGAGCAACCAGGCUACGCAAGACUCGCUAGCCUUUAGCGGACCCUACAACUACACAGCCAUCAAGGGUCUCAAGUCGGACCGCUUUGACACGGCCGGCAUUCCGCUCACGCCGAUCCGCCGCCACAAGAAGCACAUGAGCGACCGCAGCCCGCUGGAGAAUGCGUCGGCCAAGCGCAAAGCCUCGGGUGAUCACGCCACCAAUGGCCACAAGCGACACCGCAGCAUCUCGGAUGUCAACAUGCUACGAAUCUAG